AUGGAAUUUCUCAGAAGAUUUGCUGGAUUCUUCAUCCGACAAGAGAACAUGGAUGGAAGUGGAACAGAUAAUGAAGAUAGGCUGAGCAGCUUGCCAGAUUCUAUGUUAUGUGAGAUACUCUUGAAACUCUCGACAAAGGAUGUGGUUAGAACUAGUGUCUUGUCCAACAGAUGGAGAAAUCUCUGGAGAUCCGUACCUGGUUUGGACUUGAGCUGUGAUGAUCUCCGGGAAUACAACACUUUUGUGAGUUUUGUCGAUAGGUUUCUAGGUUUUAACAGCGAGUUGUGCAUAGAAAAUCUCAAGGUAAAGUACCAGUUAGGUAGUGCUCAUGUCACGCGGUGGAUCAACGAUGUUGUUAAGCGGAGAGUUAAACAUUUAUCAGUUAUUGCCUAUCAUUGGUCGAUUAAUGGAGCCCACAUACCUUCAACAGUUUACACUUGUGAGAGCUUGGUAACCUUGGAGCUCCGUGAAGCAACCUUGCUUAGUCCCAAGUUUGUGUUUUUACCAUGUCUCAAAGUCAUCUCUCUCAUUCGGGUUAAGUUUGCAAACAAUCUGGCUUUCGAAAUGCUCAUCUCAGGCUCUCCACUUCUCGAAAGCUUGUCUCUAGUGACGAUUUCUUUCGAAAAUAUAAAUUGUUUCCGAGUGUGCUCUGAGUCUCUAUUGAGACUCACUCAUUUCGAGAACUACUCUAUUGGUGAAGAUCUAGUAAUUGCUAUUGAUGCUCCCAGGCUACGCUACCUCAAGCUCUCUGACUAUGAUACAACAUGUGUCCCAUGUUUCAUAGUAAAAGAUCUUGGAUCCCUUGUUAAGGUGGAUAUGGAUAUUGUGUUUAAGCUGGGUUAUGGAAGGAGUUUCGAUCCCAAUGAUCUACCAAGGAUAAACAUGAUCCGUGAUUUCUUCAAUGGGAUCUCCACUGCUAAAGAUAUGGUCAUCUCUUCACGUACCCUCGAGGUCAUUUAUGAUUACUUAAGAUGUCAACCACUGCCACUAUUUCCCAACCUAUCUUCCAUGCGUAUCACCGACUACAAGUGGCAAAUGUUACCAGCUUUUCUUGAGAGCUUCCCGAGAUUAAAACGUCUUUUCUUGGAAUCUUGUAGAAACCCCCCGGAGAAGGAAGGAAUUAGUAUUUCAUCUGGACGUCCGUGUUUCUUGUCAUCUCUUGAGUAUGUUGAGAUACAAAAGCCAUGGACGAAUCCACAAAGGAAGGAGAAUCUGUUAUCCUCAAAACACCGGUUAGUGAGUUAUUUUGUUGAGAACUCAACACUAUGCUUGGAUGAUUCCACAAAGGAAGGUGAAUCUCUCAUCCUCAGAAGACCCCUUACUACUCCAAGACUCUCUGCCUCAUGCCCAGUCAACAAUCCUCAAGAAAUUGACUCUAUUCUUGGAUAA